GCUAUGAUGGCGCGGGUGAGCCCGAGGACCGACGCGGCGGCGACCAGUCCGCUCACGACGCUCUUCGGCACGCCUUUUCUCAUCCAACACGCGACAGUGCUGCCCGAGCUGGACUCGACGGGCCCGACGCCCCGACGCCGUCUCGCAUCGCACCCCAAAGUGACCUUCCAAAGCAUUGGCCAGCUAUCCGAGCAGCAGCAGCAGCUCGCCGCCAUUGUCCAAGGGUCCAUUGACGACCUCUGGAACGCAUGCGUUGGCCCCACAGCAGCCUACGCGAUCGACUUUGAUAUGUACACGCGUUUGCACGCGGUGGUGAGCCGCUUCUGCGGCGUCCCGUCGCCGUCGCACCUCGAAGACGAGUGGGUGUUGGACGCCCAGCAGCGCUCCAUGAUCAGCUUUGAUCGUUUCUCAACCUUGCUUCGACAAAUGGGCGAGGAAUGGCGAGACAAGCUACACUUUUCCAGCGCGGCGACAUUCCUCUCGUCGCUCGUGCACGAAGUCGUCGACUGUGAUGUCCGGUGCCUCAAGACGAUCGACCAGGUGCAUACGAGCUCGACAGCGACAACGUUUCGUACUCUCCUCGCGAUGCGAGCGGCGGGCGGGUACUGGGACAUGGACAGCAGCCUCGCUGCCGUCUUGAACCUCGACUUGAGCCAACCCAAGACGCGCUUCCAAACAACCGAGUUUGUGUUUGACCAGCUCAACGCACUGGGCGCCUCGGACGCCGAGUGGACGACGCUGCGACCCGUGACGCUGACGUGGCUCAUGCAGCACCACGCCGAGAAGCACCACAACGAGAUCCAGGCGCUGAUUCUGCGUCUCGAUGUGCGCUUCGACGUCUCGCCGCUUAUACAGCAGCGACUCGAGCCGCUCGACGACUGCGCGCGAGGCUUGACGCUCCACGCGCUGUUGCUCAUGGACAACGAUACACUUGUCCACACGAUCGAGUGGCUGCGAUCGCUCUCGAACGAGAUUUGGCGCGUCUUUGCCAGUCCGUUGGGCCUCGCGGGCUUGAGCACGGCCGACCUCGUCGCCGCCUACUUUGUGCGACUCGCGCACUUUACGCUCAGCUCGUCCCUCUACCGCUUUCUCUCGACACUCGGGAUCCUCGAAAAGCAGGAGCUGCUGCUCUUUCUGCACACACUGCGUCCCGCGCAGUACGAACUCUUUGUCGAGAGCAUCCAGCAGCCUGCCAAAGGACGCGGCAACGGCGUCCGGAGCAUGCUCGCGUUCUACUUGUCGCUCUCGCCCAACGCGCGCAUGACCUUGCUGCAGGAGCUCCAGCAAAUCCUCUCGCAACAGCAACAGUUCCCAACGAGCACAGUCCUAGCGAACGUCGCCUUGCCGGUACCAGAGCUGCAACCGCCGACGUCCACGUCCAAGACGGUGCUCGCUGCCACGUUGGCGGCCAAGCCGAAUCUGCUCGUCAAGAUGCCAGUGGUCGAGCGCAACCCAUUGCCCCAUAAACGCAAGGUACGGCGGCCAGGGCUCCAGCCGCUCUCGACGCCCAAACACGCCGCGACCAAAUCGACGGCGCAUCGUCAUCGCCAUGACGCGCCCCUCUCUGUGCCCAAAGUGUCUGUCGCCGACUAUACGCAAAGCACGGCGUGGCAAAAUGCCGUGGCACAGCCCAAGGUCGUGCUCAUGAACGGCGGCGUGUACCGGCCGACGACGACGACGACGCGGAGCAAGCCCAUCGACCCCGAUCGGCACGAGCUCGAAGUCGCCUACUUUGUGACGCCCCACGUUACCGUUCAAGAGCUAGCGUUUCCAUUUCCAGAGCACUGCAAGCCGCGGGGGAAGCCGCACGUGGCGCUCGACACGGUCGGCUUGAGCUCAACGUGGGUCCACCGCCCCGCGACUCGAAAAGAACACUCCUAACUUAGUAAACCUUGGCCAACUCGAAUCUCAACUGCCGUCAAACACC